AUGGAAUACACCUAUGGACUCAUGGCACUCCGGGCGCGCAGUAUUCAUACAUCCGAGCGCAACAUCGACCCCAAAAAACGCGUGAUCAUUGCGCUUGCAGGUCCUCCCGGCAGUGGCAAGUCGACUGCAGCACAAGAGGUAGUCAAACUGCUCAACCGAGAUCAGUGGGCGCCAUGGGCCCAAGUGCUUCCGAUGGAUGGCUUCCACUAUCCACAAAGCACUCUCGAUCAGCUUCCCAACAGUGCUGAGGCAUACGCACGCAGGGGCGCUGACUGGACGUUCGACUCAACGAAACUCAUGGACUUUGUUCAGGAUCUGAGAGAAUCUAGAACUGACUGCCUGGCGAUCAUGCGAGCCCCUGGAUUUGACCAUGCGAGAAAAGAUCCCACGCCAGGUGCAAUCGAGAUUGGGCCAAGCACUUCGCUCGUGAUCCUGGAAGGUAGCUGGCUUCUUCUUGACGAAGCGCCUUGGAACAAGAUUUCAUCGCUUGUGGAUGAUACCUGGUUCAUCGACAUUGAUCCGCAAGUGGCUAGGAUGAGGGUCGCGCAUAGACAUAUGGUUGCCGGCAUUGAGCAAGACUUGCCGCGAGCACUGGCUCGGGCUGAUACGAACGACCUGUUGAAUGGUGCCAAAAUCCGGUCGCUGCUCGUGCCACCAAAAUUCAAGAUUUGGAGCAUCGAAGGCAAGAAUUAUCUUUCUCGAGUAUCGUUGCAUCAACCAUCUUCGUCAAUGACAAUCGAUCAGUUUACAUCCAAACCAUCGACACAACUCCUAUCAGAGCUAUCGACCUAA